AGGAAAAGAACGUACGAUGGAUCCAGCCUAUGGAAGAACUACCAACCAUUUCAACCGCAAAGUUCGAAUCCAGACUCCAUAUAAAAACGCAUCAUGCCAAGCCAACGAGAAGUUAGACACUUGAACCUUCUCACCCUGAACAAGCUAUGGCAAACCCCAACUUCCUCGUAGUGGCUUUUCCCAGCCAAAGCCACAUAAAUCCCGCCCUCCAACUCACGAGGCGUCUCCUCCGAACUGGUGCUUCCGUCACGUUCACCACCACGACGUCCGCCCACCGCCGCAUGCGCGGGUUCCAAGCCUCUGAUCGUCUGACAUUCGCCACCUACUCUGAUGGCGUCGAAGAAGGAUCGAAACCGAGUAGCAAUAGCCUGGAGCACCAUAUGGACGAGACGGCCCGAAGGUGUUCGGAAGCCCUUAGACAACUCAUUGAGGCGAGCCGUGAUAAGGGCCAGAGCUUCACCUGCAUAUUUUACACGGCGGUCGCACCUUGGUUGGCCGACGUUGCGCAUUGUUAUGACAUCCCAUCCGUUGUACUUUGGAUUCAACCAGCCACAUUGUUCGAGAUAUAUUACUAUUAUUCCAAUGGCUACGUUGACAAUAUCACAAAUGAGAGCAAUGGUCCUUCAUCGCCGACUCAAUUACCGGGUCUGCCGCCGCUCACGGGCCGCGACGUCCCUUCUUUCUUGUCCCCAGGAAGUCCAUUUGGUUUCCUUUAUACUUUAAUUGAAAAGCAAAUCCAAGUGCUCAAGGAGGAUAGAAGACCAAGAGUGCUUGUGAAUACUUUUGAUGCAUUAGAAUCAGAGCAAUUGAAGGCUAUUGAUGAGCUCGAAUUAGUGGCCGUCGGGCCGCUAUUGCCUUCCUUCGUGGGACAAGACUCUUCCGACACAUCACUAGGAGGCGACCUCUUUCAAGGCUCAAGGGAUUACAUCGAGUGGUUAGACACGAAGCCUGAGGCCUCGGUGAUUUAUGUAUCAUUCGGAAGUAUUUCCACGCUAUCGAAGCCACAAAAGGAAGAAAUGGCACGCGGGUUGUUAAGCACCGGCCGGCCAUUCCUUUGGGUGAUCCGGAAAGCCGGAGAAGAAAAGCAAGAGGAAUCUGAGGAUCAAUUGAGCUGUGAAGAGGAGCUAUUGAAACAAGGGAUGAUAGUACCAUGGUGCUCCCAAGUCGAGGUCUUGUCGCAUCCCUCGAUCGGGUGCUUCGUCACGCAUUGCGGCUGGAACUCGACGCUGGAGAGCCUCCUCUGCGGGGUACCGAUGGUGGCGUUCCCGCUGUGGGCCGACCAGCUAACCAAUGCCAUGCUCAUCGAAGAUGUCUGGAGGGUUGGGGUGAGGGUCAAGGGGAAUGAACAAGGCGUUGUGGAAGGAGGUGAGCUCGAGAGGUGCUUGGAAUUGAUCAUGGGAGGUGGCGAGAGGAGCGAGGGAAUGAGAGGGAACGCCAGAAAUCUGAAGGAUUCGGCAAUCGAGGCCGCCAAAGAAGGUGGGUCUGCGGACAAGAAUCUCAAGGCUUUUUUGGAAGAGAUUGCUUCUAGCUGAAGAAUAGAGUUCAAUUUGGAAUUGAACCAAAGGCUUUUUUGACAUACCACGUAGAAUUAUGAUGUCAUUAAGGACGGACUUUGGUCCUCCUUUGUUACCAAAAGAAAUUAACGUGGAUGAAAUUUAGUAUA